AUUGUGGGUACAGAACAAGGCAAGUGUCCGCCAUAUUUAUUAGGGAUGGCAAUUUCUGGAUUGACAGCUAGUGUUUUAAUCCGUAACUAGCGUCUAUCCUCUGCACAACGCAGGAAUUUUAUACACGCUGGAAACUUAUUAUUCUCUCUGCAAGUCAACAUGAGUGCUGUGGAUAACAAAAAGGCAAAACGAAGGAGAAGCAAGAAUAAUACUGUCACCAAGUCUAAUGCAAGUUCCAACGUCUCAAAUAACACCCCACAAGGUUCACAUAUUUCAUUGGGUGAAAAUGGGGAAGCUGAGAAAUUAGAGAAGUUGAUGGAUGCCAGUGACGACUCUGAAAUGCCUCUGCCAACAUUUCCCCGGGGUCCAAACCCAUACUUAGACCGAGAACGGUGCCUCCUAUGUGGCUGUGAGCGGCAGGACCCUCCACAGGCAGAGAAGAUACUAGCCGAGAUGGAUGGUGAUGCUGAGAAAAACACAGAUGUUCAUGAGCUCACACAGCUUCCCUUGUGGGUAUGUCCAUCGUGUCGGCGAGCGGCAGACAGUGAGCUGGAGAAGAAAUCAGGAGUAGACAUCAAUCUGGAGCAGGAUCUACACCUCGACACAUCCAGCCUCCCCUUCCUCCCAGAGGUCAGUCUCGGUGGUGCCUCUGAACCAACCACACCCAACGGCACACUCUGCACGUGUGAGGCCUGCACAGAAAGGAGGCAAAUUGAGGCCGAGCACGAACGGGAGACACAGGAGCUUCAGAAGUGUUGGACUGACCUCCGAACUAUUGUCCGAACACUUUAUGGUGCUGACGACCCAGCAUUGUCAGAGGAGGAAGGGGUUAAGAUAAAAGAUCUUGUGUGCAGACUAUGCAGUCGAGAUCCGCAUCAGUUGUUUCUUCGGCUGGAAUCUCAAGUACGGGAAUUUGUCAUCGAAAAGAAAGUACGUCUCCUCAAGCAGUUAAACUGCGGCUACAAGUCUCCUCCACAGGCAAAGGAGUUCAUCUCACUGCUUCUUGAUGAAUACAACCAGCUGUGUCUGGCAUCCAGGCUUACAGCCGAAUACCUCACUGACCUUAAGGAACACAUCAAGAAGUUCAAUGUGACGUGGGAGCUCCAUAACAAGCACCUGUUCCAGUCAAUUGUCUACACUGAUCCGGCCAUACAUAACAGUCUGCAUCUUGUCAUUGAUCAGCUGAGAAGAGGGGCUGCAUCCAAGGAGUCUUACAACGAGGACACGUACCCCAACUUGUUACACCGGUUCCUGAAAUUCCAAGAUGAAAUGUCUGUGAUAUUGGUGGUGUGGCGGGACUGCCAGCAGCUCAUAGAAGCGUACAAUGAGGAGCAGACCGCACUCAAGGUGAAGCAGAAGUGGUUGAAGGAAGACUGGGAGUUCUUCAAGGCCCAGAGGAAGCUUCUGGAACAGCAGGUGCUCAAGAAACAACCCAAAGACAGACUCUCACAUAGUAUGGAGGUGCAGUUUACAGAAACAAUGAGAAAUAUGUUGACUGGCACCAAACCAGCACAUGAAGAGUGUUUUUGUCCUCGGUGUAACAGAAAAAGAUGUACCUGUGAUGAGUGUACAAUUACCCACAUGAUCACAUGUGGUAUAAUCAAUCCCGAUGCCUUGGAGAACAACAACCACACCCACACCUUCAACUUCCCACAUGACCCAAGUCGCUACGUCAUAGACGUGGACCCACCCUCCAUGUCCAGUACCUCUUCCAGUAGUGGCUCAUCCAGUCCAAUCAUGGUCGAGAGGAACAGACUCACGCUUCCGUUUGAAAAUGAAGAAAAUGAAGACAUACCUGAGGAGAUAGAUAGCCAGUCUGAGGAUGAGGAAGAUGAUGGUGAUGAAGAUGAAGAUGAUGAAGACGACGAGGACGAAGACGAUGAAGAUGAUGUUGAGGAUGAUGAAGUAGAAGGAGCUGAAGGAAGUCAGGAAAGCAGCAGUGCAGGUGAUGGUGGCAGCGGUGGAAGUCCCACGAACAUUGACCUGGGGGACAAGCGCAUGCAGGCCUGGGUGGAGACGGAGGCACUGAAGCUCAUGGAGAAGACCGAUACAUGUGACUGUCACCACUGUGUUACACAGACACAGGCGGAACAGUUGCAGAAGGUAGAGGACAACCAGUGUCAGUGCCAUGUGUGUCUCCAACAACAAGGCCAGACUGUGUCCACCUCCCUACCCCAACAUGUGCCCCACGCCCCGCCCCGCCCAGCUGACCUUCACAUCUACCCUCACAUCCACGGCUCACCAGGCCUACACAGCUUGCAGGCUCGGAACAUGCGGUCCAUCUUACAACCUCAGCUCUAUGACCUCCAUGGGCCUCUCCGGCAAUCCAAACUCCCUGUCAAACUAGACUUUGACAACCCUGAGAACAUUCAGGAUCACUUAUACCAUGCGUACGGUGACUGGGAUAAUACUCCGUACGACCCUCGAGUGGUGAUAGGUGGUUAUAGGUACGGAGGAGGGCUUGGUUCUGAUCUUCUUCCUCCUCCACCUAUCACAACCAAUUCUCCCUACCCUCCGGAGCCCCUUUCAAGUGUGUCACAGACGGCCACAACUACCACAACCUGUACAACCACUAGUGCUUUAAAUAACCAUCUUGCAAAUGCAAUUACCAAGUCGAUGGACAGGUCCAGUGAUCAUCAAGUGAAGCCAGUCCUCUCAGACAGUUGUGCCAAGUGCUCUGAACCAGUGUCGUCGCUGUCGUCGUCGGUGUCAACGUCAGUGUCUCAGCCUCAUGGACCACCGUGUACGAGGCCAGCUACUCUUGGUGGCAACACCCAAGUCCAGCAGACAGGAGUUAAACAGCCCCACACUCAUUGUAAGAAGCAUGUGAACGGAAAGACGACCUCUCAGCCCAGCCAUAAUCAUAGUUUACAAGCACAUGGAGGCCUACAGGGGGUGCAGUCUGAUCUGUUGAAGAAUGCUGCAAGGAAUAAAGAUGAACUGUCGCGACCUCUCCGCAACUCCAGUCUGAACCCACAUCCAUGCUCUCAUGCUAAUACUCGGAAUGCCUCCUCUGUGCAUCAGACACAAGGAGACUCCCAUGCAGGAUGUUGCCCCAGCUCGGUACCCUUGGCUACGACGGUCAACAAUGUGAGUGUGGGAACGUCCACUGUGUGCACAGACCCAGACUGUGAUGCUCACCAUGACGACAACUGUGACAGCAUUGACGACAGCUGCUCCGAACAGAGUUCUUCCACCUCCACUUCCAACAACCAGAAGGAGGGCAGUAAAUACUGUGAUUGCUGCUACUGUGAAUUCUUUGGGCAUGGGAAUCCACCGGUUGCCCAGACCAGCAAGAACUAUGCAGAGAUGAGAGAGAGACUACGGAGGCGUUUAAAACGGAAGCAGACGGAAGCCAAGACAGGGGAGGAACAAGGUGGCCUGACUGAGCUGACUAUGGAGAGUUCUUGUAGUCACAGCAAGCUGGCGGAUCCUCUUGAGAUGAAAGGGCUGGAGGAACUACUUCGCUUCAUCAAUGGCACUGAAGAGAGCAAGAAAGAGGAGAAGGCUCAGAGUAGCAAGGCGGCAAAACGGGCUCGUCGGAAACAGAGACUAGCUGAAGAGAAAGCACGAGAAGAAGAUCGUCGGCAAAUGGAGGAAGAGAAGAAGAAGAAAACAAAAGAGGAUAAAAAGAAGAAGGAAGGACUUUUAAAACAUCUUGAAGAAAGGUUUUCAUCAUCUUCAGAAUUCGACUCAAGUACAGGCUCACUGAAGAAGAAGAAGGGGAAGCACAAGGAAAGAUCUGAGACCAUCCUUGCGCCUCUCCCAACCUCUGUACCUCCUACUCAAAUGAAUUGUCGAAGUGUUCCCAGACCCAUCGAAAGUGCCAAGCCAGCUAAGGUGGAAACAAUAGUAGAACGGAAGCAAGAAGUCAUUAAAGGCCGAGAUAACACACCAUCUCCCAAACAAAUCCUGAAAACCUCAGGUUCAGGCAGUGCCCCAACAACUCCUACGAAAGACUUAAAACAACAGGCCAUGACAGACAAAUCCCAAACAAUGACUCCUGACAGACAGCGGCGAGCAAAACCUGCUCAGAGGACAACACCCUCCAAUGACACAGUUGUGUCGAAUCAUCCCAAACCCAACACAACUCCACAGCCAACUCCAACAAUCUUGUCCAGACAGCCUGCCCAGCCAGCCAAACACACAGCCCAGCAGAAACCCCUACAGAACAAUGUUCCCAAGACUACCAACAAUACACGUAAAGCAGUACCUCCACAGCCUUCCCCUUUACAGAACCAUGUGGACACCCACCCGGAAGUGGAUUUGUCAAAGAAGGGCAAGAAGAAAGUUGUCACACCGGUAGUACCACCAACAGCCAGUCAACCUGUAUCCAAGUCCACCCACAAGCAGAAUGGCUCAAUCCUCAACAGAGUGGAGAUUGUGCAAACACCAUCAAAUAGCAAUGGGAAAUCAAUGGAAUUGACCUCGGGAAAGGAUGCAAAAAUCACUAGGAAUGGUGUUGUAUCAAAAGGCAAUGGUGAGCUGCUCAUAAGACCAGGCAAGAACCACAAGCUUGCAGAUAAGAAGCAGGAAACUGGAGCUCCAGAACAGAACAAAAAUGGAAAAGUCAAGAAAAACAGGAAGAAGAACAAAGGAAGUGAUGGCUGUGUUGAUGAAAUCUUCAUGCCACGAUCUGAGUCUGACCUUGAAAAUGGAGACAUGGAUGAAGUGGAGCGGGAGCUAGAGGAGUUUAAAAGAUUCUGUUUUGAUAGUCCACAACCUCAGAAGAAGGAGAAGCUCCAAGUUAAUUUCAACCUGAAGGACAUCUUCUCUAAGAAGAAAUCUGGCCUUGGCUGUAGCUAAAUGCCUCAGCUUUUUAUGUGGAGUUUGUUUCGCAGUAUGGGCACAGAUUGUCAGUAUUGUGGGGACUUUGCUUUAAAUAUGGUUUUACUUGUGUACCUCACAGGCCAGGUCGCACAAUGUGUGCUGUAGUAGUGCUGUAUUCAAGAUGGCUGCUGCUCUUGUCCAUGGCGACAUUAACUAAGAACAUUAUACACUUUGUCAUCUUCAUUUUAUUGAUUUCACUUGGACAUAAUCCAUGAUGAAUUUAGACUUCAACAAAUGUUACUAUUCCCAAUGUGGCAUUCCAUUCCUCCAUCAGCCCUCAUUUGUCACUCGAGGUCAGCAACACUUUUUUGUAGACAAAACCAGAUAUUUGGUUUAAGAUCAUCUUUGGUUCAAGGAGGUUUGUUUUUUUCCUGUUUUUUUUCACCGAGGAACCUUUCCUCCAGUUAUCAUACUUAAGUACAUGUUAUAGUUGUUGAAAAGACUACUGAUAUUUGGAAGGUCCAUUGGAAUGGAUUUGUGAGACGAACAGUUAUUGUCUUUGGCAAAGGUGACAACUUUUACAGCUUGUGGAAGAUUGGAUGGUAAUAUGAAUUGAUUCUGAUUCUUGAGAACUAUCUCGUAGAGGAAGAAAUGGAUUUUAAUGAUCAAAUGAUGUUAUGGCUCGCCUGUAAUUCGAGCUGCUGUUAAAUUGUUGGUUGGUUGGAAGCCAACUCUUUGUACCCAACUAUGUGCAAAGCUACCAACUGCUGUAAGAAGCAUGGGGACUGAACCGCACCAGCGAGUGUCUGUCUGUCCCUCAGUCCUGUCAUUGCUCAUGCUGCUAUGCAAGACGUUAAACCCGUGCUGGUUUAGCCACAGUAUAUGUGAUGCAAGAUGGAGUUUUGGUUAGAUUUGUUUGCAGGGCCUUGGCUGUGUAUUGCAUAUUUAUUACCUGGAUGUUAGGGGGAUUAUGUGGGGAGGGAUGAGAUGGUUUGGGUCGGGAGACACAGUCAAGCGCUAUUGUUUGUAGUUUGCCUAGUUGACUUUGCGUGGCUUGUACGGAAGAUUGAGUGAUGCAUGGAAUAAUCACAUUUUUUUUUCAUUCAUGAUGACGCAGGCAAAAUUCUGUUUGUUGGGCUUGAUUUACCCUGCUGUAUUUUAGCCUGUAUAUUAUCCUAUAAACUAAAGUUACCCUUUUUACAGAAA